AAUUCAUUUUUUAUUAGUUGUUGUCCUCGGGGUCGCCGUCGUCAUUGCUCAAGUUCCCUAAUUAUGGGAGUAAAAUUGUAAGCUACAAACAGUAACUUUGACUUUCCAGGGUGUUGAUUUCCUUGUCAUUCACCUGUAGAGAACUCGUUGAAUUCUUUAGGCGUUAACUGAAUAACCAGGGUUUUUUCGUUUCCUUUUGUUUUUCUUUUUGUUUACUUCAGCGAUCCAAGAAGGUCUGAACCUGAGCCACAGUGCUGCUAUGUCAGAAGCGAACUCUCUCCCAGAAUACAGAUCAGGCAGUUUUCAAGGCUUGCCAUAUGUUAAUCCCAUGAGUCUCAGCGAUCCCUCUCUUACUCCACUGGGGACUACCGUUGUAACACCAAAACAGCAGGCUCAAGUACGGGACGUGGUUAUGAACUCCAGCAUGAUGUACAUGCACGAGCUGCGAGAUCGUCAGGUUGAACAGUCCGGGACACCUCGAGUGGCGAGCCUAACGACAACAGCAAGACAGCAGCAGCAGCCAUCAUCAUCCGCUCAGGGCUUUGAAGAAGACAGCGAAACAGAACAGCUGAGGGACGACGCUGGGAUCGUGUGAAAGUUUAGGGCACCAGUUUGCGGGGAAAGAAACGGCUCUUUGAUGUCUAGGAGCUUUUAACUUCGUGUCGAUAAAACAGCAGACUGGAUAGGAUCAUUGCAGGAUGAACUUUUCCCUGAAACUAAAAUCGAUCCAUAGAAGUUAUCUUUUUAUUCCUUCUAUAGCCUCUUUAUUAUUUUCUUCGUUUUACACUUCAGGGCGUCAGUAUUUAGGGUUUUUCGGAAGUUUGUCAUAAGUUUUCAAUGGUUGUCAUAUAAAGUAUAGUUUUGAAAAUAUGUCAGUCGUAAUAGGUUAUGGUGUGCACACUUUUUUUUUGCCAGGAUUAAGUUAUUCGGC